CAGAUGCCUGGGUUCUCAGGCAGGGGGAGGGCAGCUGGCACGGAGUUGAGGGGUGCAGGGGCACCCCAGACACCUGGGUCCCUUUCUCUGCCCCACCCUCCCCGCCCCGACAGCCACUGAGCCCGAGCUCUUACUAAAAUACUUUAUUAAUUGCAGCCGCAGUAAUUAACAUCCCCCUCUUGAUGAACAUCUUGGACCCGCAACAAAUUUGCAGGCCUCCAGCCUUGGCAGGAGCUGCAAAGGAUUCUGGGAAACGCCAGGAGGCCAGGGCAGCAAUGGCAAUGCCAACGACAAGGCUGGUUGCCGCGGCGACCCCGCAGACUCGGCCCCAGCGCUGGGAGGUGCGGAGCCACCAGGUCCUGCCCGGGCCUGGUGCCGCAAAGGAUUGUGGGACGGCAGCAGCCAUCUUGGCAGUGGGCACAGGGAUGGCAGUCAUCGCGGACAUGGGCUCCAACAGGGGCAGCAAGGCAGCAAUCUUGGCAGCGGGUGCAGGGAAGGCGGUCAUCGUGGACACCGUGGGCCAGAAGGCGGCCAUCUUGGGACGGGGUGGGGAAGCCAUCUUGGCGCCAGGCCCUGCACCCACCUUGAGGGCCACAGAGGCAGCCAAGCCAAGGGCCCCGACGGCGGCCAUCUUCAGGAAGGCCAAGCCAGCCAAUCCUGGGGCCAGUACAGCGGCCAUCUUGGACACGGAUGUGGCGGCCAUUUUGGAAGUGGCCAAAGCAGGUGGGCGCUCAGUGGCAGCCAUCUUGGAUACCGCCCAAGCUGCCACCCUGAUGGUCCAGAAGGCGGCCAUCUUGGAAACGGCCCACCUGAGGGCCAACAAGGUGGCCAUGGUGGAAGAGGGCAAGGCUGCCACAUCAGUGAUGAGCCAGGCGGCCAUCUUAAAAAUAAACCCGGACACCAACCUGAGGGCCAACAAGGCAACCAUGUUAGAAGCUGACAGGGCACCCACCCCAGGAGUGAAUACGGAUCGAUCAACCACCCCGGGGGUGGCCAUUUUGGAAACAGACAUGGCAGGCGCCUCGGCGGCGGGCAUGGCAGCCAUCUUGGAAAGGGGCCAGGCAGCCCUGUUGGAAAGGGACGAAGCAGCCAUGUUGGAGACCUGGCGCCAGCGUUUCCGGGGCUUCCGCUACGAGGAGGCCCGGGGCCCACGGGAGGCCUGUGCCCCCCUGCCACAACUCUUCCACCAUUGGCUGGCACCUGAGCAGAGGCCCCGGGAGCAGGUGGUGGAGCUGCUGGUGCUGGAGCAGUUCCUGGCCAUCCUGCCCACGGAGACGCGACGGUGGGUGCGGGCGCGUGGGCCCUGGACCUGUGCCCAAGCGGUGGCCUGGGCUGAGGCCUUCGAGCGGGGGCAGCCGGACACCGGGACCCAGGGCCCCGAGACGGUGGUGUCGUUCGAGGACGUGGCCGUGCGCUUCUCCCCGGAUGAGUGGCACCUCCUGGACGAUGGGCAGCGGCGGCUCUACCGGGACGUCCUGCGGGAGAACUACAGCCAUGUGCGGUCACUGGGGUUCCCUGUCCCCGACUUGGCCGUCAUCUUCCGGAUGGAGCGAGGUGAGGAGCCGUGGCCCCCAGGCCUCCCUGCAGGUACCAAGAGUGACGACCAAGAGGAGGAGAGGGCCAUGACUCCAAGACCUCCGGCAUCCCAGAAUCCUCCACCAGUGGCAGAGCCCUGUGGGACCCUCCUAUCCCAGCACCCGGCACACCUGCACCACCCCCCGACAUGCCCCAGUUGCGGCAAAACCUUCUGGCACCGCGAUAGCCCUUCCCGGAGUGCCGGGUGCCCCAGGACCCCCGCCCCCGCAGCACCUAAAGCCACCGGGAGUCCCCACCUGGCCUGCCGGGGCUGGAUCCGGUGCGAUGGCUGCUGCCGGGGCCUUGUGGGCAUGCACCUGCGUCGCCGUGGUGGGGGCUCCCAAGGGAAGCCGGCCGAGGACGAUGCACGCACGAAAGAGCACCAGGAGGACCCAGACCUAAGCUCGGCGCUUGAGAGUGGGCACGAAGCCGAGCGCGACAUCCGGGACCCUGCUGGCUGCCCGGGCAUGAGAUUGAGUGCCCUGGAGGCUAUCAGCUGCGGACCCGGUGAAGGAGAGAUGGUAGAGGGUCCCGGCAUGGCUGGCCCCACCGGAGAGGGCAUGCCAGAGGGUGGAGGGCUCAGCCUGGAAGAAGCAGGGUCCCAAACCCCAGCCGUGCCCCGGCGCUUCCAGUGCGGGGAGUGCGGGAAGAGCUUCGUGCACGGGUCCAGCCUCUCGCGGCACCGGCGGCGGCACGCCCGGGACCCUGCCUACCCAUGCCGGGACUGCCGGCUGGCCUUCCCCACGCCUGGGCGGCUCCAGCAGCACCGGCGCGGCCACCUCCGGGCCCCAGGCCCCCACCAGUGCCCCGAGUGUGGGAAGCGCUUCUGCGGGAAGCGCUUUGGCUACCGCUCCAAGCUGGCCCGGCACCAGCGAACACACACGGGCGAGCGCCCCUACCGCUGUGGGGACUGCGGCAAGGCCUGCCCGUAGGCCUCCCCCGGCCUGCGGCACCGGCGCGCCCACCCUGGCAGCCCCCGGGCCCUGCCCCCGCAGUGGGAGGGCACUGGGGCUGGGGUCGACCUGUGCAAGGAGAGUGCCGAGCUCCCCUUGGUCAUGGAAGUCAACAGCAUUGAGGAAUUGGCCAAUGGAGAGGACAGCCAGAAGGGCAUCAUGGGGCUGUCGGGCAGGCAAGGGAUCAUCCCAUUGGUCAUGGAAGUCAGUGGUGGUGAGCAGUUGGCCAAUGGGGAGGAGAGCCAGAAGAGCAUCAUGGGGCUGUCGCCCAGACAGAGAGUCCUUCCGUUGGUCAUGGAAGUUGACAGAAUUGAGAGGCCAGCCAAUGGGGACAAGAGCCCAAAGGGCAUUGUGGACCUAUCGGCCAGGCAAGGACUCAUCCCAUUGGCCGUGGACACAAACGGUGUCGAGGCAUUGGCCAACAGGGAAGGCACCCAGGAGGGCAAAGCAGAGCCCCGCCUCAUGGAUGACCUCUCCCCAAGCAGGAUGGACCCCCCGACCUUGGCCACGGAGUGCUCAGCUGACGAGAUCCCAGCGUUUCCCACCGCAUGGGGCCUUCAUCAGGUCACAGCGGGGCCCGGGCCUGGAGAAGACAUGUCCACCCGGGAGGGCCUCCAAUGGCCGGGGAGACCCGUGGCGACCCAGGAGGAUGUGGAAGGUGUGUCUGCUACUGCGGGCACCUGGGAGGACAAGAGCAUCUACCUCGGGCCAGGCGAGGAGGCCACCAGCGGCCACGACCCAGCAGGCCUGGGUCUCUCCCCAGCGCCCCCCAAACGUUUCCGAUGCGGGGAGUGCGGGAAGAGCUUUGUGCACGGGUCCAGCCUCUCGCGGCACCGGCGCCGGCACGCCCGGGACCCCGCCUACCCAUGCCGGGACUGCCGGCUGGCCUUCCCCACGCCUGGGCGGCUCCAGCAGCACCGGCAUGGCCACCUCCGGGCCACCGUCCCCCACCAGUGCCCCGAGUGCGGGAAGCGCUUUGGCUACCGCUCCAAGCUGGCCCGGCACCAGCGAACACACACGGGCGAGCGCCCCUACCGCUGUGGGGACUGCGGCAAGGCCUUCGCCGAUGCCUCCACCUGCCUGCGGCACCGGCGCGCCCACCCUGGCAGCCCCCGGGCCCUGCCCCCACUGGGGGUUGACCUGUGCAAGGAGGAUGCUGAGCUCCCAUUGGUCAUGGAAGUCAACAGCGUUGAGGAGUUGGCCAACGGAGAGGACAGCCAGAAGGGCAUCAUGGGGCUGUCGGGCAGGCAAGGGCUCAUCCCAUUGGUCAUGGAAGUCAGUGGUGGUGAGCAGCUGGCCCGUGAGGAGGAGAGCCAGCAGAGCACCACGGGGGUGUCGGCCAGGCAGGGAUUCCUCCCAGGCAUCGUGGAAGUCAACAGCAUUAAGCGGUUGGGCGCCGGUGCCGAGCAGGUGCUGAGCCAGGGGGAUGUCUUGGGGCUGUCGGCCAGGCCUGGGCUCCUCCCACUGGUCGUUAAAGUCAGUGGCAUCGAGGAGUUGGCCAACGGGGAGCCCAGCCCAGCAGACGACCUGGCCACCGAGCCAUGGCCUGCAGUGGCCGCCCCCACCCCCCCAGCCCCGGGCGCCGGGUCACGGCGGGGCCCGGGAGAGCGCCCCUUCGCGUGCGGGGACUGCGGCAAGGCCUUUGGGCAGUGGUCGAAGCUGCAGCGGCACCGGAGGGUGCACACGGGCGAGCGCCCCAACACCUGCCCCGACUGCGGCAAGGGCUUCACACAGAGCUCGCACCUGGUCCAGCACCGGCGCACGCACACGGGCGAGAAGCCGUACCGCUGCGCCCAUUGCGCCAAGGCCUUCAGCUGGAGCUCCAACCUGGCCCAGCACCUGCGCACCCACACCGGUGAGAAGCCCUACCAGUGCCGUGACUGCGGCAAGGCCUUCAGCCAGAGCACCAACCUCAUCAAGCACCAGCGGUCGCACACGGGCGAGAAGCCGUACCGCUGCGCCGCCUGCCCCAAGAGCUUCUACCGCAGCUCGGACCUGCUGCAGCACCAGGCCACACACUCGGGCGAGCGGCCCUUCAAGUGCCCGACCUGCGGCAAGGGCUUUACACAGAGUGCUAAUCUGGUGAAGCACCGCAAGAUCCACGCCGGCGAGAAACCCUUCCGCUGUGGCGACUGCGGCAAGACCUUCAUCCAGAGCUCGGAGCUCAUCCAGCACCAGCGCACGCACACGGGCGAGAAGCCGUACGAGUGCCCCACGUGCCGCAAGUCCUUUGGGCACAGCGCCACGCUGGUCAAGCACCAGCGCCUGCACAUGGGGGUGGAGCCCUACCAGUGCCCCCCCUGCCGCAAGACCUUCGGGCUCAGCUCGGCUCUGGCCCGGCACCAGCGCAGCCACACGGAGGCCCGGCCCCACGCCUGUGCCGAAUGUGGACAGAGCUUCAGCCUGGCCUCCAACCUCACCCUGCACCUCCGCAUCCACCGCGGGGAGAAGCCAUACCGCUGCGGGGACUGCGGCAAGGCCUUCGGCAUGAGCUCCACCCUCAUCCGGCACCAGCGCAUCCACACGGGGGAGAAGCCCUACCAGUGCCCCGACUGCGGGAAGAGCUUUGUGCGCAGCUCCCACCUGGUCCAGCACCGCCGCACACACACGGGCGAGAAACCGUACCGGUGCCGCGAGUGCGGCAAGCGCUUCUCCCAGAGCUCCAACCUCAUCACCCACGAGCGCAUCCACAUGGAGGAGCGGCCCCACGUCUGCCGGUCCUGUGGCGACCGCUUUGCCCGGCCUGAGGAGCUGCGCCAGCACCGCCGUGGGCAGCACGGUGAGGCGGUGGAGGAGGAGGACGACGAGGCGCCAGCUGGGCUCAUUUGUGGCGGGUGCGGGCAGAGCUUUGGGGACCAGGUGGCGUUGACACGGCACCUGGAUACCCACCAGGAUUGCCGGGAGAGGCCGGGCCCCGAUCGGGACCGGGAGAUCCCACCUGGGGCUGUCCAGGGGUCGGGGGAAGUCCAGGAGAUCCUACCCGGCGAUGCCGUGGAGUCCAGCCAGAUCCAACCGGGAGGUCCCUGUGUGGUCAGCGAGGUCCAGAAGAUCCAGUCAAGGGGUCCCCGGAGGUCACGGGAAGGCCACGACCUCCAGCCCAGUGACGGAGGGAGCGGUGGAGACCACUCAACGUUGACGCAACACCUGGACAUUCACGAGUCUUGCCAGGCCACACCAGGUCCCCAGACAGAGAGCCCAUUGGGGUCCAGCCAGGCCCAAUCGGAUAGUCCCUUGGGGCCCGACCAAGCCCCAAAGAUCCAAUCCAGUCUCAUUUGCAAUGCAUGCGGGGAGACCUUUGGAGACCACUCAACGUUGACACAACAUCUGGACGCUCCCAAGUCUUGCCCCUUGGAGAGAGGGCAAGCAGGGGCUCUUGUGGCAUCUGGGGAAGCCCGGCAGGCCCAACCUGGAAGCCCAUCAAGCCCUGACCAAUGUGGCCUCAUCUGCGAUGGAUGUGGGGAAAGCUUUGGAGACCGACUGACAGCACCAGCGUCAUGCUGGCCGCCCACGAUGGUAGGAUCCCCGGUGCCCGGAGAGGUCGAGGACAGGGGGAGCCGACCCCAGGAGCUCUUAGAGGGGACGUUUGCAGACCUCUCGCCCCCGCCCCCGCGCCGAGAGCCUGGGGGGGCCCCUGCGCCGUGCCCCGGGUGCGGGGAGCUUUGCCGGGACGCGGCGGACCUGGCGCGCCACCACAUCGGCCACAUGCGCGAGAAGCUCUUCUCCUGCCCUGACUGCUCCCGGACCUUCGGGGACAUCGCGGCGCUGACUCAGCACCAGCGCAACCACAUCCGCCAGCGGCUCCGG